GGCGUGCCGGGGGCGGGGCUCCUUUAGGCCGCCUAUGGGAGGGCCAGGUGGGAGAGCACUUCCGCUGUGUCCGGUGACGUCAUUGGCAUCGGGGGCUGGGCUCUGCCCCCUUAAAAGGGAAGCUCUGACGGAGGAGGGGAAGCGGCUCACAGGAGCAGAGGAUGGGCGAGCCCGUGACGGAUUCCACGUACGUCCGCUGCCUGAGCUACAGGCUCGUGAGGCGGCUGGCAGAGUUCAUCGACCCGCAGGAAGGGUGGAAGAAACUUGCGGUGGAUAUAACCAACGCGUCCGGUGAAAGCAGAUACAGCCAAGUGCAUAUAAGGAGAUUUGAGGCAUUGGUGCAAAUGGGAAAGAGCCCCACAUGUGAAUUGCUUUAUGACUGGGGAACCACAAACUGUACUGUUGCUGAUCUUGUGGAUCUUCUGAUCAGGAAUCAGUUCCUAGCACCAGCAAGCCUUUUGCUUCCAGAAGCUGUAAGGAUGCCACAAGAAGUUACAUUACCUCUUUCUUCACAGGAAACCUUGCCUAUACAUGAGAAACAACUACCUGUACAGGAAAAAGAAGUGGCAUCUGUAAGGCCUUUUUUAUCUCAGAGUACUGUGAAACAGCAUUCAGAUUCUUCUUACUCAAGUGAAGAAAACAGCUGCUCACAGUCCAGUAACACAGAUUUCCAGAGUUUUUUGUUUCGUGAAUUGGAAAGCAUCACAAAUAAUUUUGAUGCCCGACCAGAAUCAGCUGGAGGUAAUAAACUGGGAGAAGGUGGCUUUGGCAUUGUGUUCAAAGGCUACAUCAAUGGCAAAAACGUGGCUGUCAAGAAGCUUGUUGCUAUGGUCGAUGUUAGUGUUCAGGACUUGAAACAGCAGUUUGAGCAAGAAAUAAACAUAAUGGCAAAAUGUAAGCAUGAAAAUUUAGUAGAAUUACUUGGUUUCUCAAGUGAUGGUGCCCAGCCAUGUCUGGUGUAUGAAUACAUGCCCAACGGCUCAUUGCUUGACAGACUUGCUUGUCUGGAUGAAACUCCACCAAUUCCUUGGAAUAUGAGGUGUAAAAUCAUUCAAGGUACAGCAAAUGGCAUCAACUUUUUGCAUGAAAAUAAUCAUAUUCACAGAGAUAUCAAAAGUGCAAAUAUCUUAUUAACUGAUACAUAUGUACCCAAAAUUUCUGACUUUGGCCUUGCAAGAGCAUCUGUAACAUUCACACAGACAAUCAUGACUGAAAGAAUUGUUGGAACAGCAGCCUAUAUGGCACCUGAAGCUCUGCGAGGAGAGAUUACACCUAAAUCCGAUAUCUUCAGUUUUGGAGUAGUCCUACUAGAAAUAAUAACGGGUCUUCCUCCAGUAGAUGAAAACCGGGAGCCACAGUUGCUGUUAAGUAUAAAAGAUGAAAUUGAGGAUGAGGAAGCAACUAUUGAGGACUAUGUUGAUGGAAAGAUGAGUGACUGGGAUGUACCUUCAAUUCAUAAAAUGUAUGCGAUUGCUGAUCGGUGUCUGAAUGACAAAAAGAGCAGAAGGCCAGACAUUAAGAUGGUCCAACAGCAGCUCCAAGAGAUAAAAACUUGAUAAUGUGUUUCUUCUGAUACACCAGUGUUUCUGUAAUGGAGACACCAGUACCAGUUAUUUAAUUAGUAUUUAGUGCAAGUGGCUCUGCUUUCCAGAACUUUCUGGACACAUGUAAGGUGAGCUGUUGGUCUAUCAGCAGCUCUUACACACAUCCUUAGUCACUGGGCCCUUAACAUGAGAAAAGCGUUUCUUGUACUAACAAAUUGCUGUGCUGGUACAGCAUCUUCUCCUGCAGGUUUUAAAAUGCAUUUCGAUAUUAUAAUCUAUUUGAUUAUUUUUAUUUCCAAAUAUCUAGUAUGACUGCUGUAACUAGGCAGAAUGUUCUUUCUGCAAAUUGCUUUCUUGAUCAGGUGUACUAGACCUUCAUCUGUUGAACACAAAACCAUUUAAUAGCUAUAAUGGUUAUAUUAAUAAUAUAAAAAUACUUACAUAUGUAUAUUAAUAAUAUAAAAAGACUUAAUGUCUUUUUGAGAAAUGACAAUAAUAUUAUCCAUUUAAAACAAGCUUCUACUUAAUAUUUUAGCUUGAGUUCAUAUUAGUGUGAAUGGUUUGGUACUGUUAAUGAAUGUGAUUAUUAUCAAAAAGUCUUCUUGGUGUUAGUUUUAGUCAAAUAAAUGCUGCGACAGUUCCUAGGCUGGUUUUUCAUUUCAAGGAUCACCAAACAAAAUAGUUAUCUUGCUGUGCAGAAGCAUUUCCACUUGCAAAUGCUUUCUUACAGUGAACUCUGUGAUGACAAAUCGUUUAAUUUUUAUUCACAGGAAGACUCUUAGCUACUUUGAUUAUUUUAGGAGGAUGGAGUAUUUUUAGUACUUUAGGAGAGGAUUCCAUAUGAAUUAUAAAUACAAAUGGUUGCUUUUCUUAAAGGGGUCAGAUGUGAAGACCAAUUCUGCAUUUUACUUAGUCAAAUAAUUAAGCUAUUUUUAAUAUACAUAUGUAUGUAUAUUAACUAAAUACAAAAAUACACUUCUAAAAGUAUAAAUUGAAAGCUUUUUAAAAUAGAAACAUUGACAGAUCAAAGCAGACUAAAUAUGGAAUGAAAGUAAGACUAGUAAGAUUCCAGAUACUUUGGACUAAGUAUGAACAUAUUACCAUUGUAAAUGAAAGAUGUUAUUUUCAGAUAAACUCAUUUUGCACCUCAUGAACUUUCUUAAUAGCUUAGGGAUAGGAACAUAGUCUGGCCUACAGUUAAUUUUGAAAUUCUGUGAUUAUGUGUGACUUCUUUCAGGACUAUAGAUCUUGUUGGAGGAAGCAUGUGAUUUCUAAUGUAAUGAUAUCAUUAGAUUUCUGGCUAUUAACUCAUUCUGUAUUGCCUUUUCAAACUGCUAGCUUAAUUUAGAAAAAAAAUCUACCUAAUGGCUUCUAGCUUUUUAGUACAAAUUGUAAAAAAACUGUUAACAUAAAUAAAAACUCUGCAUUAUUA